GCAGGCGCAGCGCYGCCGCCGCAGCUGCGCAGGGAGCGUCGAGCGGUCGGGGCCGGUCCGGGGGCGCUGCCGGGAUGGACGAGGACGUGCUGACCACCCUGAAGAUYCUCAUCAUCGGCGAGAGCGGCGUCGGCAAGUCCAGCCUUCUGCUGCGUUUCACAGAUGAUAYGUUUGACCCAGAACUUGCAGCAACAAUUGGUGUGGACUUCAAGGUGAAAACUAUUUCAGUUGAUGGAAACAAAGCUAAACUGGCAAUAUGGGAUACUGCAGGUCAGGAGCGGUUCAGAACAUUAACCCCCAGUUACUACAGAGGUGCUCAAGGUGUUAUCCUAGUUUAUGAUGUCACGAGAAGAGAUACUUUUGUCAAGCUGGAUAACUGGUUAAAUGAAUUGGAAACAUACUGCACAAGGAAUGACAUAGUGAAAAUGUUAGUUGGAAACAAGAUUGAUAAGGAAAACCGUGAAGUUGACAGAAAUGAAGGCCUCAAAUUUGCAAGAAAACAUUCCAUGUUAUUCAUAGAGGCAAGUGCAAAAACAUGUGAUGGUGUGCAGUGUGCCUUUGAAGAACUUGUUGAAAAAAUCAUUCAGACUCCUGGACUGUGGGAGAGUGAAAGCCAAAACAGAGGUGUAAAGUUAUCAAACAAGGAAGAAGGAUAUGGAGGAGGAGGAGCAUGUGGUGGAUAUUGUUCUAUGUUAUAAACUUUGGGAAGCUUAUUCUUUGCAUAUUUAAACAGAUAGUUACAUCUUUCUGUACAUAAAGUCAUUAAAUGCUAUUUUUAGGGACCUUGCAGUUUGCACAUAUUUGUUUUGUAUCAUGGCAGUGAACACUUGUAGAAAAAAUGUUCUGCAGCUUUCCCAGUUUGAAAAUGUUAUGGUAAGCAUGCCCAGUUUGCAAUCUUCAGGUUUUUAUAAGUAGCAUAAAUAAUGUGCAAGAACAAAUGCACUAGAAAUUUUACAGCUGUCUACAUUAAUUGUGUAACUAUUCUAAACAAAUCCAUCUAACAAACACAUUACUGCAUUGUCUGCUCCUUGUCUUAUUUUUAAAUUCUGUUGAAAUUAUAGAACUAUAUAGUAUGCACAGAUCUUGGAAACGGUAUGAGCUAUAAAUGUUACAUUUCAUCUCUUCUAGUAAAUGCUUUUUUUAAGGUAUUAAAAGCAGAAGGAUUAUACAGUCCAUAGACAAAUCUGCUAAAAUUUUGUCUUUCAGCAGUGCUGUCUCAAGCACAAAUUGGCACAGGCCCUAGUUGGUAUCAGCACUUUCUUGAAGAGAUGCUUUGAAAGUUUCCUUUGCAAAGCUGGGGGACGCCAUGUUUUCCUUUUAAUCAUCACUUCAGUUGAUGGCUUAACUGGAGUUUUAAUCCUGUGAUAUUUAUAUACUAAAUUUGUGGUACUCUUGCACUCUAGGAUUUUAUGAUGGUCUGCUGUAGACUUGCUGCAGAAAGUCUUCAUUAUUGGCAAGGGGUCUGAGUGAUGUCAUUGUUCUUUCAUUGUGCAUCAGUUUGCCACACUUAGUACAGAUUCCUAAUUUUCUCAAAUGUUUGUAAUAUAAGUUUAUCUGAACUGUAGCUCAGAUGGCUGUGAGAUCUCCUAUCACGUCUGCUUUGUGCAGCUACUUAUUCAGAAAUAAAAAUUCUGUCACUGACACUAAAUGGGAAGCUAUAGAGCUUCUUGAUCUCUGUAUGGAAAAAUACUAUUGCAAUGAGUAUUCACUUGAAUUUACUGUAUCAAAGCCAAUGGUUUGUUUCAGAAGACUUGUAUAGACUUAAUAAAUUUUUUUCCACAGUA